AUAUAAAAAAAAACUACUGAAAGUAAGACUGAAAGUAAUUGAAAAAAAUAUUAAUAAACCUGUUAUAAAUAUUUUUCUUUGUAGCAGCAAUAGGAUAUACUUCUGGUGGAAUAACAGCAGGUUCAACAGCAGCAAGCAUGAUUUCUGUUCUUGGUGCCAGUAGAGGUACCGCAAUAGCUGCAGGAGUUGUUACUGCAUUACCAAGUAUAGUUGGAGCUAUUGGAGCUAUUGCAAAUAGAGCUACAGCUGCACGGGGUUCAGUUGAUGAACCAGAGAUUGGUAGUAUUAUUCCUGAAACAGGUGCUAUAGUUGGAGCUCCAAUAAUUGAUGCUCAAGCUGCUCCCAAUAAUCAGCCAAGAUAUGCUGAUGCAUCAACAAGUACUGAUGAUUUGGCUAUUGAUAGAUCUGCAAUGACUGUCAAUAGUUCAACUGCCAAUGAUCAGCCAAGACGUGCUGAUGCAUCAACAAGUACUGAUGAUUUGGUUACUGAUAGAUCUGCAAUGACUGUCAAUUGGUCAACUGCCAAUGAUGAUACAAGUCCUAAUGAAACACCCGAGUCAAGAAGAUCGUUCUGGGAUAUACUUGGUCAAGUUAGACAAAAAACCUCAUUUAAAACAGUUGUUGGUGGACUAGUUGUUGGAGCAGUUGCUGUUGUUGCAGCACCAGUUGCUGUAACAGCAAUAGGUUUUACUUCUGGUGGAAUAGCAGCAGGUUCAACAGCAGCAAGUAUGAUGUCUAUUCUUGGAGGAGGUGCCACAUCAGCUGGUGGAGUUGUUGCAACUUGCCAAAGUAUUGGAGCUGUUGGAGCUAUUUCAAAUACAGCUGCAGCUGCAUGGGGUUGUGCUGGUGCUGCUACUACUUAUGUCUUUGGUGGUAAUUCUGCUGAGCCAUCAGGUGAUGUACUCGAUGCAUCAACAAGUGUUGAUGACUUGGAUACUGAUAGAUCAGUUGUUGGAGUUAAUUGGUACACUCUUGAAAAUACUAAUGACUCGAAUACUGAUAGAUCUGUUGAUAGGCACGAUUAGUAUCCUACUAAAAAUAUUGAAAAUGGUUCUUAUGACGAGACUAAAUUGUCAACAGUUAAAGUCUCAAUAUAUUUUGGUAUUGGUUGUGUUGUUGCUUGUUACAUCACAAUACAGAUAUAUUCUUACGGUUGGGGUCUUUAUAAUUGAGUAUUUAAAUUAGUCAAAAAUACAAAGUCUAAAACAAAUAUUAGCUAUUAUUUUAUUAUACAAAAUUUUCAAUUAAUUUAGUCUAUUUUGAUGUUAAUUAUUUAGCAUCGUUUAAAAUUACAAAACAAAAAUAAUAUAUAUUUCAUAUUCAAUAUUUUUGAUAUAAUAUUUGUAUCUCGUGAGAUAAUUAAAAUAAAAUUUGAUGAUAAAUUACAAAUGUUUUUUAAUAAAA